UUCCUUCCAUUGUAUUAUUAUUAUUUUCUAUUUACUUUUUUCAUUUGUUUGGAACGGCGCGGCAUUCAUUGUUGGCUCGCUUGGUUUGGGAACAUUUCACGUGUGUGCGCCGCCUAUGUGUGAGCGAACGAGCUAGCGAGCGAUCAGCGCAGCGGUUUUAAUAUUUUUGUGGCAUUUCCAAGUCAGGGUUUUAAAGUUCGAUAUCAGCGAAAACGUUGUAGUGAAUUACAAAAAAAAGAAAAAAAUUCAAAACCCCAAUUUCGAAGUGCACAGUAAGCAACAUCCAAAGAGUCAAACAGCCAAACAACCAACAGACCGACCCAGUGAUCGUUUGUGGUUGUCAUCGUCGUCGUAGCCAUCGUUUCCGUUGCUCCAGUAAUAGGACCAUCAAAGAAUACGUCUCUUUCGCCUGAACCUAGAAAGUUAACGUGCGCGCUGAAGCGGUUACUGUUUUGUGCUUUUAAUUGAAUUAAUUGGAAUUUCGUAUUUAAUUGAAAUUAAUAUCGAUUUCAAAUCAUAUAUAUUUUUGUGUGCGUGUGUGUAAAGCGAAUCGAAUGGAAUAAUAGAAGUGAAAUAAUCUCAGAACAACAGAUUAAAUCAAAUGCUAUGGACUGAACGAAACAGAAACAAAAAAAAACAACUACAAACUAUAAUUAGAAAUAAUUUUUCCAAUCAACAAAAAGCCAGCAAAAUUAAAACACCGGAAAUAAAUUACAAAGAGAAAAACUAAAUAACAAUUUAUAAAAAAAUAGAAACAAAAAUAGAGUGAAAUUGAAAAAAUAACUAUACAACAAAAACAACGAUAGAGAAAAAAGCUGUUUCCCCACAUAAAAUGAAAAAUCACAAUUUAGUGGAUUAUUCGAUGGCGUCAAGUAAAUGCAAUGCGGCCGCCGCACCCCCACCACCUGCUGGCCAAUGUUUGCCAGUAAAUAAUGCAAAUUACAGUACAAGUAACCACCACAACAAUAAUAACAGCAGUAGCAACAACAACAACAACAACAAUGAUCACAUUAGCAUAAUCAAUUCCAACAAGAACAAUUUUAUCAAUGGCACUACCAUUAGCUCGGCAGCCAUUGCCUACAACGGAAACGGAAAUGUUAACGAAAGUCUGAUCAACAAUAAAAGCCUAACAUCCACAAUGGUCUACAGCAAUAGCAACAGCAGCAGCAGCAUCAGUAGUGGUAGUGGCAACAACAAUAGCAGUUGCAACAACAACAUCAACAACAGCAAUGCAACUGCAUUAACAUUAUCCUCAAAUUCUACAAAUUCAAUAAUGGCCACAUCGUCCUCCCCAUCAGCAACCUCUUAUUCCGUCUCUGCAUCAGCAUCGUCUUCCGCAGGCCUGCCAUCGGCCAUGGACCAACAUAGCUCCUCGAUAACCACAAUGGCAACAAACAAAUCAACCAAUACAUCCAAUACAACAUCACCUUCCAGCCUCCAAGGUGCAACCACAAAUGGCCAUCAUCAUCAUCAGCAGCAACAGCAUCAUUCUCAGCAUCGUCAGCAGCAGCAACAUCAACAUUCGACCAGCCAGCCUCCACCGCCACCACUGCAGAAUCAUCAACAGCAAUUGUAUCCAUCGAUAACACCAACAUAUUGGCAACCGGCUCCAAAUCCAGCCCCGUAUUUAGUUCCAGGUAAGCAUGCUAAAUAAUAUUUGGAAUUUUUGUGAGUAUAAAAAUUAUUAAUGUUGGAUUUAAAGCCAAUUGGUCUGCUUUAAUGGAAGCAGUAUGAUCUUCUCAGGAAGGGAGUCAAAUUUCAUUUCAUAUGGGAGUAAUAAAGGUUUCCCUCUAUAGAAGAGUAAGUGUUGUUCCCAUAUAGAAUGCCUCAUGUUCUUCUCACCCAAAUAAUGAUAUUUCAACCAUGACAAAAUAUCCUAUUGCAUUUAUCUUCAGAAUCUCCCCUGCAUGACACUGCUCUACAGAACAAUGAAAGUUGAAUAAAAAAGACCUGCAACAACAAAUUGAUUCAAAAAAAAAAAAAAAAACCCUGAUAGAUAUUCCUUUACGAACGAUUACAAACUCCUUAAAAAUAAUUGAAGCACAUCCACAGGAAAUUCAUUUUCAUAGUUUUGCCUAGCAGUUGGCACGAUGCCGUGGCAAUAUUUUUGCUAUGGCUUUUCAAUUUUUCUUUUUCAACAACUAUGUCUUGCUUUCUAUUCUUAUUUUUUUUUCCUUGGUCACUUCUAGGCAGCUUCUCCGGCUAACGAAUCCAUUUUCUAUACAUUUUCCAAUUUUUCUCCAUUCGGUGGCAA